AUGCCUAUUCAGUCAGACUGGACGGUUGACAUUCCCGUCAUUGACAUCUGGUCAAUGUACUUUGAGCAGCCAAAGGAGUAUCCAGAUAACCAUGUUCUUCUAGUCGAUGGUGACACGGACCGCUCAUACACGUUCAACGACAUCAAGACUGGUUCAGUCGAAUUCGGAAAGGGACUUAAACAGAUGUUCAACUGGAAGAAAGGCGACAUCCUCGGCUUUUUCACCCCCAACUGCAUAGACACGCCAAUUGUGACGUACGGUCUUCACUGGGCUGGGGGCAUUGCCAGUCCCGCCAACCCAACUUACACCGCAGACGAACUUGCGCGCCAACUUCUCGACUCCAAAGCCACAGCCCUGAUCACCCAAACGCCCUUCCUGGAGACAGCUGUAAAGGCUGCGCGAAAGGUCCAUAUCCCUCUUGAGAGAGUCAUUCUCAUGGGCGACGGAAGAGAUGGGGCGGGAGGUCACAAGCACUGGACUGAAAUUACGGCCAAGGGAGCGUGGUUUCAGCCCAAGAGAACGGUGCUGGAUCCCAAGAAAGAUCUGGCUUACUUGGUGUAUAGUUCCGGAACUACUGGCUUGCCUAAAGGCGUCAUGCUCACACACUCCAACGUCGUGUCCAAUGCUUAUCAGGCUUCACGACUCGAUGCCAAGACGUUAAACUGGGACUCAGACAAACACUUGGGCGUACUUCCAUUCUUCCACAUCUACGGACUCUCUGUAACCCUGAACGUCACAAUGCAGACCGGGUCCGCAAUGAUCGUCCUGCCCAAAUUCGACAUCGAAAAGGCUUGCAAACUGAUUGAAAAGCACUCCAUCACAUUCAUGUACGUUCCGCCACCAAUUGUUCUCGCCCUGGGGAAGCACCCAGUCGUGGACAAGUACGACAUGAAAUCCAUCCGGUGGAUUAAUUCUGGCGCUGCACCUCUGGGCGUGGACCUCGUCGAAGCAGUUUGGAAGCGCCUGAGCAUUGGUGUGAAGCAGGGCUAUGGGCUGUCUGAGACGAGCCCUGUGACUCAUUCGCAGUUGGCAGAUGAGUGGUGGAAGUUCCAGGGCUCCGUGGGACGCUUACUGCCGCUUGUUGAGGCCAAGAUUGUCGACGAGAAUGGCAAGGAGCUGCCUAGAGGGGAGGCUGGUGAAAUUCUCCUCAAAGGCCCCAACGUCUUCCACGGGUACUGGAACAGACCCGACAUGAACAAGGAGACCUUCACGGAAGACGGGUGGUACAAGACCGGUGAUGUGGGAUACGCCUGCAAACGCGGUCAUUUCUACAUCACGGACCGGAUGAAGGAACUCAUCAAGUACAAGGGUUUCCAAGUGCCUCCCGCCGAACUGGAAGCCAAGCUCCUGGGCCGCGAGGACAUCAACGACGUCUGCGUCAUUGGCGUCUGGGACAACGACCAGCACACCGAAGUGCCACGUGCCUACGUCGUUGUACGCCCUGAUGUUGAGGAAACCGAUGAACUGAAGCAGGACAUCAUCAACUGGCUGGGCGAGAGAGUCGGCCCACCAAAGAGGUUGCGCGGUGGCGUGCGGUUCACAAAGGAGAUUCCGAAGUCGCAGUCGGGAAAGAUUUUGAGAAGAGUAUUGAAGGACCAAGUGAAGAAGGAGGAAGGUCUGGGCACCAGGGCCAAGCUGUAA